CUUAAGACAAAAGAGUCGACGCAGCUCAGUCAAGUCUCUCUUUUUGCCCUCUAACCUAACAAAUUCAAUUCUUCUUCUUCUUCUUCCCUUCCCUCUCCUUUUCCACAAAGCCAUCGUCUACCUUUAGCUAUUGGGUAGCGUAGCUUUUCCUCUGUAAUUAACUCCCUGUGAACAUUUCUCAAUUGUUUCCUUCAUAUUCUUCUUCUCCUGCUCUCGAGAGGCUUAGGGUUCUUGGAUUUUUGCUGACUACUGCGCCGUCAUAAUUGGUUUUGCCUGGAGAAUUGGAAUUCCAUAUUUUCCUCACCUAAUUUCAACUGGGUUUUUUUCCCCUACCCUACUAUGCCAUCUCAGCAGAAAAACCCACCUGGGGAUUCGCAACCUCUGCCGCCCCAGCCACAAUUAGCUUCCAAUCAUAGUCACGCUCAACCCGACAAGCCUCCAUUCUCUAUAAGACAGCAUGUUCUUGCUUGUCGUCAGAGAGAUGUCAUUUCUAACUGGCCAUUUCCAAAGAAAUACUUGGAUAUGUGUCUCAGUCGCGGUAUCAAGGAGGUGUUGCCACCGCUUGAGUCCCAUAAAUCAGCUCUGCAAUCAAUUAGAGGAGUUGUGAGUUUGAAUUGUGCUCAGCAAGAACGUAAGGAUGAUCAUCUCUUUCGAAACAAAUCAUUGGAUACUGUUGUGCAGGAGAAUGAAUGUGAAUGUGUAUUGAACACUGAGCCAUCAAUAUCAGAAUUUUCGAUCCAGUAUUGCCCUUCAUCUCCCUUAAAUAGAAGUCAAGAGACUAAUUUAAGUCAUGAAGUUGCUUCCAGUUCCAUUUUCAUAUGUUCAACAGAUCAACCUUCAGCUACAAUACCAAGCUCACAAAACAAGAAUAGUUUUAGUCCCCAUGUUGCUUCCAGUUCCAGUGUCGUAGUUUCAACAGAUCAACCUUCAACUUCAAUACAAACUACAACUACGUUGACUUCUAUUAGGAAGCUGAGUCGUAAGGAAAGACGACGUAAUGGUAAGCAGAAGAAGCGGACGAUGGCUGAUAUUUUAGAUGUAGCUAAGCCAUGUACAGCAGAGGAUCUUCUUAGGAUUAAAAGAUUGUGCUGUGUUUCAAGCAACCCUCUUGAGCUGGGGGGUGAAGGAACGAAAUGUAUCAUUGAUGAUGAGAAUAAUUGUGAAUCUGACCUAACCAAGGAUUACUCAAGUGAAAAACUUGAAAGAGAUUGUGAAGCAGCUAAUCUCAGUAUGCGAUCCAGACAAAGAUUGGUGGUGAAGUUCAAUCUUAGCGGACGUGAAUCCAAUGUCCAAAGCAAGAUUUGAUACAACUUGGACUACUAUAGAUGGAGGUUUAGGUGGAAAAAAUUAGUUUUGAUGGCUGUGUAGGGGAGGCAUGAGAUCCCUUUCGGCGGGGGAGAGGAGACGUGUUUGCUGGCAGUCUCAAUCAAUGCCCAGGGGCAGAAGCAUUGGGUCAUUGAUGAAGGCGGUGGUUUACAUAUGUAUAUGAAGCUGAACUUGACCACAGCUAUUUUUUUUUUUUUCUCCGCCAACAAAUUCUAAAGGACCUGAAUUUUCCCCAUCAGGAUGAUAAAAGCAAAAGAAAAGCUAGUUGAUGUUUGCUGGAGAGAGAAGAGACAGAGACAGAGAGCUAGCAUCCAUCUCUCUCGAGCCUAAUUAUGUUGCAUGAGGAUAUUUGAUCAGUUUCCUUGACUGAAUCUACUCCAAUUUGUAUAGAACUUUAUGCUAAUGACGAGUUAGAUGGCUCUUUUGA